UCAUUUAUCUCGGCAGAUGUCUCCACAGUCUCUCCUGCCGAGAGGAUCAUCGAACACCUUUCUAGGAAAUAAUUGAAUCACGUUGUGCGUUUAUUUUUCGCCAUCUUUCACUUCGUGUGUUGCUAGAGAAGCACGAUGUCGGCUCACAAAACGUUUAUCAUCAAGCGAAAGCUUGCGAAAAAGUUGAAGCAAAACAGGCCGAUUCCCCAGUGGGUGAGAAUGCGGACUGGCAAUACUAUUCGAUAUAAUGCCAAGAGGCGUCACUGGAGGAGAACCAAGCUAAAAUUGUAAAUCACAUAAUUACAUACUUCAGGAUGAUAAAUAAAGAUAUCGCGCCUUUGUAAAGACUAAA